AUGCCUGAACUCCUAAAAAGUAUCGUCACUGUCAUUGAUCUUUUCUACCAAUAUGCCACCCGGGAUGGGGAGUGUGACAUGUUGAACAAGGCAGAACUGAAAGAACUUUUGGAAAAUGAAUUUCAUCAAAUUCUGAAGAAUCCAGAUGAUCCAGACACUGUAGGUAUCAUCAUGCAAAAUCUGGAUCAAGACCGUGACAAGAAAGUGGACUUUAUUGAGUAUCUUCUGAUGAUAUUUAAACUGGCUCAGGCUUGUAAUAAAAUCAUCAGUAAAGAUUACUGCCAAGCUUCAGGGUCAAAGCAGAGAGACCACAAUCACCAGCACCAAGAGGAAGAAAGUGAAACAAAAGAGGAGGACAAAAGGCAAGGUCAUUCAAGGUCAAGUACAGGAGAGAAUGAUUCCAGGGGCUCCAGAAGAAGCAAUAAACACAGGCCUGGGUCCAGCUCCAGAAGAAUGGACCAUCAAGGAGGCUUGUCAAGUUCAGAGCACAGGCAAAGCUCUGGGGAAAGAAGAAGAGAGUCAAGUUCAGGCCACUUCAAAGAGAGUAAGAAAAACAGGCAUGGCUCUUAUGAACAAGAGAGGUCUGAGAGUCAUUCUUCUGGUCAGAGGCAACAUAGAACCAAUAAAAGUGGUCAAUCUGGACUUAGUAGACAACGAAAACAGUCUACAAGCAAUGAGGGAUAUGGGUCUGAAUCAGGCCAGUCCAUAAGCAAUGGCAAAAAUCAGUCAAACUCCUAUGAGUCCUCUACUCAGAGAAAACAUAGUAGCAGCUCUACUCAUCAGUCAGGAGGUUAUGGAAGACAAAAUCAUGGCUCUGUGUCAGGCCAGUCCUCUAAUUAUGGAAAAUAUGGACCUGGUUUUAAUCAGUCUUCUAAUCAGAAAUACCAUGAAUCUAGCUCAGGAUCCAAUUUAGGUGAAUCAUCAAGCUGUCGACAACAAGGAUUUGGAUCAGGUCAGUCCUCUGGCUAUGAACAACAUAGAUCUGGCUCAGGUCAAUCUUCUGGCUUUGGGCAACAUGGAUCUGGUUUAGGUCAAUCUUCUAGUUAUAGACAAAAUAGUUCUACUUCAGGAUGUUCAUCAAGCUGUGGAAACUAUGGAUCUGGCUCAAGUCAAUCUUCUAGCCAUAGCCAACACUGGUCCAGCUCAGGAGAGUCUUCUCACUAUGGACGACAUAGUUCUGGCUCAAGUCAAUAUUCUGGCCACAGCCAACAUGGGUCUGGCUCAAGAGAAUCUUCUAGCAAUGGACAACAUAGGUCUGGCUCAAGUCCAUCUUUUAGCCCCAGCCGACAUGGAUUGGGAACAGGCCAGUCCUCUGGCUUUGGGCAACAUGGGUCAGGAUCAGAUCAGUCUUCUAGCCAUAGCCAACACAGGUCUGAAUCAGGCCAGUCUUCUGGCUAUGGACGACAUAGAUCUGGCUUAGGUCAGUCAUCUGCAUAUGGUCAUCAAGGGUCUGGAUCAGGUCAGUCUUCUGGCUUUGGGCAACAUGAGUCUAGCUCAGGAGAGUCUUCUGGCACUGAGCAUAGAUCUGGCUUAGGUCAAUCAUCCAGCUCUGGACAGCAUAAAUCUGGAUAUGGUCAAUCAUCUAGCUAUGGACAACAUGGUUCUACUUUGGGGCAGUCAUCACGUGGUCAACAUGGAUCUGGAUCAGGACAGUCCUCUAGCUAUGGCCAACAUAGGUCUGGCUCAGGCCAGUCUUCUGACUAUGAUCAACACAGAUCUGGCUCUGGUCAGUCUUCUGAAUAUGGUCAUCAUAGAUCUGGAUCAAGUCAAUCUUCUGGUUUGGGACAACAUGGGUCUAGCUCAGGUCAGUCUUAUGGCUUUGGGCAACAUGAGUCUAGCUCAGGAGAGUCCUCUGGCACUGAACAUGGAUCUAGCUUAAGUCACUCAUCAAACUCUGGACAGCCUGAAUCUGGAUACAGUCAGUCUUCUAGCUAUGGACAACAUGGUUCUGCUUCUGGACAACAGUCAUCAAGCGGUGGUCAACAUGAAUCUGGAUCAGGCCAGUCUUCUGGCUAUGGCCAACACAGAGCUACCUCAGGUCAGUCCUCUAGAUAUGGUUAUCAUGAGUCUGGAUCAGGUCAGUCUUCUGGCUUUGGGCAACAUUGGUCUGGAUCCAGCCAUCAUUCUAGCUAUGGCCAGCCUGGGUCUGAAUCAGGCCAGUCUUCUGGCUAUGGUCAGCAUGGGUCUGGCUCAGGACAGUCUUCUGGCCAUAGUCAGUAUGGUUCUGGCUCAGGUCAAUCCUCUACCUAUGGACAAUAUGGUUCUGCUUCAGGACAGACAUCAAACUGUGAUCAACAUGAAUCUGGAUCAGGCCAGUCUUCUGGAUAUGGGCAACAGAGAUGGGGUUCAGGUGAGUUCUCUAGAAAUGGUUAUCAUGAGUCUGGUUCAGGUCAGUCUGCUGGCUAUGGCCAACAUGGGUCUGGAUCCAGUCAGUCUUCUAGUUAUGCCCGACAUGGGUCUGGAUCAGCUCAGUCUUCUGGAUUUGGGCAACAUGGGUCUGGCUCAGGUCAGUCUUCUAGCUAUGGUUACCAUAGGUCUCAAUCAGGACAGUGUUCUGGCCAUGGUCAGUAUGGUUCUGGCUCAAGUCAAUCCUCUAGCUAUGGACAAUAUGGUUCUGCUUCAGGACAGACAUCAAGCUGUGGUCAACAUGAAUCUGGAUCAGGCCAGUCUUCUGGCUAUGGACAACAAAGGUCAGGCUCUGGUCAGUCCUCUUUGUAUGGUCAUCAUGGAUCUGGAUCAGGUCAGUUUUCUGGCUUUGGGCAACAUGAAUCCAGUUCAGGAGAGUCCUCUAGCAAUGAACAGGGAUCUGGCUUAGGUCAGUCAUCAAGCUCUGGACAGCACAAAUCUGGAUAUAAUCAGUCCUCUAACUAUGGACAACAUGGUUCUACUUUUGGACAGUCAUCAAGCAGUGGUCAACAUGCAUCUGGAUCAGGCCAGUCUUCAGGCUUUGGCCAUGGUCAGUAUGGUUCUGGCUCAAGUCAAUCUUCUAGCUAUGGACACUGGUCUGGAUCAGGUCAGUUUUCUGGCUGUGGGCAACAUGGGUCUGAAUCUGGUCAGUCUUCUGGCUUUGGUCAGCAUAGCUCUGGAUCAGGCCAGUCUUCUGGCUAUGGAGAACAUGGGUCUGGAUACACUCAGUCUUCUAGUUAUGGCCAACAUGGGUCUGGGUCAGGUCAGUCUUCUGGCUUUGGGCAACAUGGAUCUGGCUCAGGUCAGUCUUUUAGCCAUGGUCACCAUAGGUCUCAAUCAGGACAGUGUUCUGGCCAUGGUCAGUAUGGUUCUGGCUCAAGUCAGUCCUCUAGCUAUGGACAAUAUGGUUCUGCUCCAGGACAGACAUCAAGCUGUGGUCAACAUGCAUCUGGAUCAGGCCAGUCUUCUGGCUAUGGCCAACAUGGGUCUGGAUCAAGUCAGUCUUCUAGUUAUAGCCAUCAUGGGUCUGAAUUAGGCCAGUCUCCUGGCUUUGGGCAACAUGGGUCUGGAUCCAGUCAGUCUUCUAGUUAUGGCCAACAUAGGUCUGGAUCAGGCCAGUCUUCUGGCUUUGGGCAACAUGGUUCUGGAUCCAGCCAGUCUUCUAGUUAUGGCCAAAAUGGGUCUAGAUCAGCUCAGUCUUCUGGUCUUGGGAAGCAUGGAUCUGGCUCAGGUCAGUCUUCUAGGUAUGGUCACCAGAGGUCUCAAUCAGGACAGUCUGCUGGCCAUGGUAAGUGUGGUUCUGGCUCAGGUCAAUCCUCUAGCUAUGGACAAUCUGGUUCUGCUGCAGGACAGAUAUCAAGCUGUGGUCAACAUGCAUCUGGAUCAGGCCAGUCUUCUGGAUUUGGGCAACAUGGGUCUGGAUCCAGCCAGUCUUCUAGUUAUGGCCAAAAUGCAUCUGGAUCAGGCCAGUCUUCUGGAUUUGGGCAACAUGGGUCUGGAUCCAGUCAGUCUUCUACCUACAGCCAACAUGGGUCUGGAUCAGGCCAGUCUUCUGGAUUUGGGCAACAUGGGUCUAGAUCCAGCCAGUCUUCUAGUUAUGGCCAAAAUGCAUCUGGAUCAGGUCAGUCUUCUGGCUAUGGCCAACAUGGGUCUGGAUCCAGUCAGUCUUCUACCUACAGCAAACAUGGGUCUGGAUCAGGCCAGUCUUCUGGAUUUGGGCAACAUGGGUCUGGAUCCAGCCAGUCUUCUAGUUAUGGCCAACAUGCAUCUGGAUCAGGUCAGUCUUCUGGCUAUGGCCAACAUGGGUCUGGAUCCAGUCAGUCUUCUACCUACAGCAAACAUGGGUCUGGAUCAGGCCAGUCUUCUGGAUUUGGGCAACAUGGGUCUGGAUCCAGCCAGUCUUCUAGUUAUGGCCAAAAUGCAUCUGGAUCAGGUCAGUCUUCUGGAUGUGGCCAACACGGGUCUGGAUCCAGUCAGUCUUCUACCUACAGCAAACAUGGGUCUGGAUCAGGCCAGUCUUCUGGAUUUGGGCAACAUGGGUCUGGAUCCAGCCAGUCUUCUAGUUAUGGCCAACAUGAGUCUGGAUCAGGUCAGUCUUCUGGCUUUGGACAACAUGAGUCUGGAUCCAGUCAGUAUCCUAGCUAUGGCCAGCAUGGGUCUGGAUCAGGUCAGUCUUCUGGCUAUGGCCAGCAUUGGUCUGGUUCAGGUCAGUCUUCAGGCUCUUGGCAACAUGGGUCAGGUCAGUCUUCUAGCUAUGGCCGACACAGGUCUGGCUCAAGUAGAUCUUCUAGUCACAGCCGACAUGGGUCUGGCUCAGGUCAGUGUUCCAGUUCUGAACAAUAUGGGUCUGGACCAUGCUAUUCAUCUAGCUCUGAGCAGUGUGGUUCUAGAUUUGGCCAGUGUUCUAGCUCUGAGCAAUAUGGGUAUGGGUCAUGUCACUCAUCUACCUCUGGACAAUGUGGUUCUGGAUCUGGUCAGUAUUCUCACUCUGAAGAGUACAGAUCUUGUUCAUAUCACCCAUCUAGCUCUGGGAAAUGUGGUUCUGAAUCUGGUCAGUGUUCUAGCUAUGAGCAACAUGAAAUACAAGGGAGAUGUAGAUCAAGUUCAAGUGAAACUCGUAAUGAAUACAGUAGACCCAAAAUGUGCUUGAUCCCUAAUCGAUCAAGAAGCAAUAGCCAGGAAUGGUCAGAGUGUGGCCAAAAUGAAAGAGCCGGCUGGGGAACCCUCACGGUCCAGCGGGCGGAAGCCGGGACCGGAUCUUCCCUGAAGCGCGAGGUGAAGGGGGUACUUCACCUCGGCCAGCGCAGGAUGCGGAGCCGGCGCCCAGCCUCCCCACACGCGCCGCAGGAACGACUCGCGCGCAGCCGCGCCUUACCUCCCCGGAGGGGUGAGGGGUACUCGGCUCUGCGAAACAGGAGCGCUCGGCUGCCCCCUGGCGGGUAA